AUGGGUACUGAGAGAGCCGGAGAAUAUGCUGAAAUCGGUCGCAAUGAGGUCGCAAGGUGUAAAUCGUAUAUAAGCUACACGGAAGAGAUCCAGAGGACUGUCUGGACUAUAUGUGCGAGUGGAGAGGCUCGGAAAGUGGCAAGCCCAAAAUUCAAAGGAGCAAGAAUAGCGGAGAACACGAGGGCUUUCGACACCCCUUUUCAGAAUCAUACUUGUGUCUCCGCUAGGAAUAUACAGAAAAUUAUAUCUUACACUUGGCCCAAGCGAGGCCAAGAAAAAAAUAAACAUAAUCUGACGGCGCUUUUACAUAGGCAUGAUGGCCACAGUGGAUCCUACUGCCAUGGUUGCCCAAAAAGGUCAAGAGACAACACUUACGACCACCAUGAGGACAAUUCCUGGGUUACGGAGCCUAACAUCGUCACGGAGGUCAUAGAGCCAAACGGAAUAUGGGAGUUCGAGCGCGCCGAGAAGGGCAAGCGGCGCCAGCACUGCACCUACUGCAAGAACCACGGGCGGACGGAGAGGAAGACGAACCACAAGUGCCAAUUCGAGACGUGCGAGUGCCUCCUGUGCAAGCUGACGAGGCUCUCCCGUCUCAUCAUGAGGCACCAGCAGCGACUCUGGCGGCACCUGAAGGACACGAAGAGGAGGAGGACGAGGCUGAAGGAGGAGGAGGAGGUGGAGGUGGAGGAGGAGAGAGACGGAGGAGGUGGAGGAGGAUGGGGGCGGCGACGUCGACGAAGCACAGGUGGUACAGGACGGAGUCACAAGUGCGACAUGUGCAGGAACCACGGGGACCUGAAGAGCAAGCGAGCCCACAAGAACACCUGCCCGUAUCAGCACUGCACUUGCGCCCUCUGCUCGCUCACGCGCAAGCGCAGGGACAUCAUGCGGCAUCAACAGCGCGUCCGGAGGUCUCAAGUCACAACCCAGCAGCGCGACGAGGCCUACGACUACGUCACCCAAGCCACGGCCGAGUUAGCACAGCUGAGCAUGAACAACCAAGUCUCCUCCUCCUCCUCUUCCCCCGUGACAUCCUCUUGUACUGUGUCUUCCCCUGCGAUUACUACGACUCCCUCUGCCUCUUCUUCUUCCUCCUCUUCGUCCACCUCCUCCUCCACCUCUUUCUCCGACGCCCCUUCUUAUACUAUAGCGCCCUCUCUGAAGCCUUCUUCUUCGUACCCGACCUCGUCCUACGCUUCCCCCUCGACCCCAUCCCCCACCCCAUCCCCGGCCCUUGCAAGACCCCGACCGUCUUGCCUGAACCCCGCCGCUGGUACGUCACUUUGA